CCUUAUCUCUCCAGAGCUGCUGCUUUAUAAACCACAGUUCUCAGCUCAGCACACUUGGAAACAUUGCUUGUUUCAACUUCUUUUCAAUCUGCUUUGGAACAGCUAUGCUGCCCGAUUCAACUUCAGCUCUUCUUCUCAUAAGCGUCCUCCUUGUUCACUCCUCUGUUCUGUCCUGUCGGAUCGGGACCCAAACAGAGUGUGAUGCUGCUCCUUUUGUACCAGGCCACGACCUGGUGGGGCCAGGUUUUGAUAUAGUGAGACAGCACAGAAAAGCUGAUGUGAUUGAUGUGAAGACUUACCUGAGGCCCAGCAAAACUUGUGUUGUCUGCAACAACCCUUUUCAAAACCAUGCCCUCCAAAAACUUCCAACUUCUGUUUUGGACUGGAGUACCAGCAGUCAAUGCAGUGAUGACAUCCACAGCGGACUUUACACCUCUCUUACCUCUCUGGUUGGGGCUUACACAUCCCAAGAUGCCAGUGAUUGGACGUUUGGCUUGGAUGUUCUAGAAAGACCGGAGUUUGAAAAGUUAGAUAUGGGAGCAACCCGCUCCAAAGCCUACAGGUUCGCUUCAAAAAGGAGCAAAGAGGAUCGCUACACUUUCAGCACACACAGUGUCACCUGCAGCCAUUAUGAUUUUAUGGUAUCAAUCACACCUCCCUUAACCUUAAAAUUCAAAAAACGGUUAGACCUCCUGCCAACUCACUACAACUCCUCUACUAAGAAUGAGUUUAGAAAGCUGAUAGACAUCUAUGGCACACACUACGCGAGACAGGUUAAUCUUGGAGGACGACUGAGACGACUGAUAACUUUACGAAGCUGCUUGGCCUCCAUGAAUGGGUUAAAGUCAAAUGAGAUCGAGACAUGUUUAUCUAUGGGUGUAGCUGUUGGCUUGGGGAAGAUGAAAAUCUCUAGUGUCCCAGAUUCUUGCAUUGGUGUCCUAAAAAACAAGGACUCUGCCACUAACUUCAGAUCUGGUCUCCACCAACACUUCACAGAGGUAUCAGGAGGAAAUGGUUGGUUGGGGAAGUUUUCAAUUUUCCAAAAUGAUUCCAUGGGCUACAUGAACUGGCUAAAGAGCCUGAAAGAACAUCCAGAUGUUGUUUCAUACUCCCUUCGACCUCUCUAUAGGCUCAUGCCAAAUGAGCUUCAAAAGGCAGCAGUGAAAGCUGCUAUUUGGCAGUACUUGAAGGACACUGGUGUUAAGAAACCACCCGAAGAGCCACAAUGUGACGACAAAACUCCUAAUGUGGCCUCUAACUGCUGCCCUCUGCACACCUCAUGGGGAAAUCUAUCAGUGACCAUUGUUCAAGCCUGGAAACUAUACGGAGAUGUCGUUGGAGUUACUGACAGCUAUGCUAAGCUGCGCUAUGGUCCCGUGCAACGCAGGACCAAAAUGAUUCAAUCCGAUGAUCCUCAGUGGAACGCUGAGUUUAAUUUGGGCAAGGUUGACACAAGCCACCAAUUGCUGAUUGAGGUUUGGGAUGAAGACUCAUCAAAAUCUGACGACCUUCUCGUACAGUGCGUGAUGUACCUGAUGCCUGGCAGUUACACUUUCACGUGCUCAUCAUAUCUUGGACACCUUCUGUUUAAAUUCACGUUGACCUGUGACCCGUAUCUGACUGGAGAAAAAUGCAUCGUUUAUAAACCAUCUCCCUUAGUGACAGGAGAUUAGUGGGUUUUGGGAAUAAAAGCAUUUCAUUUCAUCACAUAACAUUAACACUAAAUCUGAUAGAAACUCAGAAUUUAUUUUUAAUAGUUUAAUUUUGUUAAAGGCCUAGUUAAAUGUGUAUUUAUCAUAUAAUGAAAAAUAAUUCAAGAUUCUGUGUAACAUUUAAUCACAAGAAAUAACUAUGCUUUAAUAUAUCCAACCAGAAAUUGUGUUUCCUUUAAUGACAAUAAAAUUUGUGAAAUUUCUACAAGUUGUUGACUUUGUAUAUUUUCGACAAAUUUUGUAUUAGUUGUUUGAAUUAUGUCUUAUAUGUGUUACUAUUAAAGAGAAACGUAGUUACGUUA